GUCAAGUGUUUGAAGCCUUUAAUAUGGCAAAAUUAUGGGACUUACCUGCCAUAUUUGUUUGCGAGAAUAAUUUAUACGGUAUGGGAACUUCUGCUGCUAGGAGUUCUGCAAAUGCACAAUAUUAUACCCGAGGUCAUUAUAUUCCGGGUAUUCAAGUAAAUGGUAUGGAUAUACUAGCAGUAAAGCAUGCAUGUGCGUGGGCAAAAGAAUGGACUUUGAGCGGUAAAGGACCAAUGGUAAUGGAAAUGGUAACAUACCGUUAUGGUGGUCAUUCAAUGUCUGAUCCUGGUACAACUUAUCGUACACGGGAGGAAAUUCAACACAUGAGAAGUACGAAUGAUCCUAUUACUGGUUUGAGAUUAAGAAUCUUGGAGUUUGGGUUUGCAACAGAGGCUGAUUUGAAGAAUUAUGAAAAAGAGGCUCGUGCGAUU